CAAUCAACAAAUCUUCAAAGCCAUAAAUAACGCGCCUGUGUUAAAUUCAAGCGGAAUUAAAGCCAAUUACAAUUAUUAAGGUGAUUCGUUUUUUAUGUGAAAAUUGCUGGUAUUGUUACGAAAAUACGUGCAACGCAAAUAGGACGAGAAAUUAGCAUUUUGUGGAUUUAUCUUACCAACGAUAACUGAAUGAUGAAAGCCACAGCGUGGUUUUGUCCGGUGUUAUUAACUUUACUGUGCGCCACGAGGCUCGUUUGCACGGCACAGCGUGGUGGCGACGACGGCGACGGAUAUCCUCUCAACUAUUUGGAUGCACAGGCCAUACAGGAUGAUUAUUUACUGGCGAAGCGCAACAAACCGUCAUUGUCCAUUGUUAAUCCGUUGGAUGUGCUUCGUCAGAGGCUGCUCUUAGAAAUCGCGCGCAGGCAAAUGAAGGAAAACACAAGACAGGUCGAAUUGAAUCGAGCCAUACUGAAGAACGUUGGCAAACGAGUGUUCCUGGGCUCGACGCCAUCGGUCGCCACCCGACACUUCCAACAGCAACAGCAGGAAGCGGCGCUGCUGGAGGAGCAACGCCUUCAACGUCUUCAGCAGCUGCAACAACAACAUUUCCCAAGUCAAUUGUGGAGUCUGGUGCAGUCACCCUCGCAGCUCGCCUCGUCGACAGGGCUCUCGUCACGGUUUUUUGACUUUGUGCAACAGCAGCGGCCACAAUCAGAAUCACAACAUAGACAUGAAAUGGCUAGCAACCAGCAGCAGCUCCAGCUGCUCGACGAUGCCAAGAAAUCCCAGAGCGUGGCCGGUCUGGGCAAGCAUCAGGCGAACGGAAAUGAAAUCGCAAAUGAAACAAAUCAUGAAAAUGGCAAUCGCAAGGUUCUAGUGGCUGGGAAAGGAGCAACAGGCGCCUCGGAAGGUAUUAACGAUGUUGCAAGCUACGACAUCCCAGACGAUAAUGACUCCAACUGGACUAGUGACGAGCAAAAUAAUGCGAAUAACGAACUCUUCGACAGCGACAAUGUGGACAAUGCAAAUGAACGCUUACCCUGGCGUUUUCUCUACCGUUUGCAUAAAAGCCAACAUUAUGGAAAUUAAGUAGCCGUCGCAAUCCGGUUACCACACUCUCACACUCUCUCACACACACACACACACACACACACCGCAAACACCCAGAUCCACAAAGAAAUAGAGAGAAUUAGAGAAGGAGACAGAGUAAUAGCGGCAGUCUACGUCACAGUAGAGUAGAGACAUGUAUUAUGACUAAAUAAAUAUAAUUACGAGUAUUACUAUAAUUAUUACAUUUAUUAUUAUUGUACAUCGACGGUUCCUAAUGGCUGACUAUAAGGCAGGCAUGUUGUGUGUGCACAGACCCCUCCGACAACAACAAAAACAAGCACUAAAACAAAAUAAAACAAAAACAACAAUUUACUCCUGUUGCUAGAUGUAUUUGUAUUGUAUUUUAUUGAACUUACUAUACUAUACAUACAUAAUAUAUACACUUAUAUAUUUGUAACAAUUCGCGCUACCUCUCUCUCAGACGCAGUUUAAUUCAAUUGCUGUUGAAAAUCGAAAAAAAAAUGUAUUUCAAAUAAAAAAAAAAUAUAUCGGAAAUGUAAACUCUUAAUGUACACACUCGAACGGUAGUAGGAUUUUCCUGACACUAUACUCAAACAUUGUACUUAUCGCCUAGCAAAAAGAAUUACAAUUAAAUAAAAAUUAACGAGUUAUGUAAAAGAAAAAAAUGAAAGAAAUUGAAAUGAAUUGAAAUAAAGCAACUAUAAAUUAAACAAAAUGCAUUUGUUUGAUAGCGUAAAAGAUGUUGAUUGUCUAAAAUAAAAUCAAAGUGUAGUUUAACAUUCAAGUGUGAGCUUUUGACCCAAUUCCCAGCACUUCCUGACGUUCAUUUUAGCACUCUUCUGCCUGUUUUUUAAUUUUCGAUUUUCACUUUGAAAGCAUUUUGGCUUUGUUUGUUAUUAUUUGCACAAUAAACACUCCGCGGGCGGAAUUUCAUUUAAAAUAUCCUUUUUUCUCGUGCAGUCUACAUUUUGUUCAUUUCAAAACUGAUUGAUGUGUAUCUAAAAUAAAUACUUGCUAUAUUAAUGCAUUCUCGAACGAUGGCAGCUCUUAGCUUGUAGGCAUUUAAAUUGUUAUUAUAUAAUAAUAGUAUCCGAAUAUUAAUUUAAAAUUACUGGAAAUUUAUACCGAAACUGUCAUUUAAUGUCAAAUCUAUUCUUAUUAUAUUUCCCAAUUGGAAUACAUUGGAAAUGAUUUCAAAUCAUUGCAAAUUAUUAACAAAUUCUAGGGCACCAGCCAGCUUAAAAAUGAAAAUAAAAUACAUACAACUUUGUGUAAUAAAUAUUUUGUGCAACAAAAGUUCUUUGAUUCUAUAUGUAAAUACAACUUUUCUCAUAAAUCAAGCAGGAGCUAUGAAACCCCAAUGAAAUGAAAAUGAAAUGAUAUAAAUUAUAUAUUACCUAAUUAUACAUACUUAUAUAUGUAUUUAUUAAAGCAAAAACAAACAACAAAAACAUGAGAAAUAAAAAUCGUGAAAUAUUUAAGUGGCAUUCAAUUAUUA